AUGAGACUCCUUGUCGAAUUAUCUCUUCUAACUCUGGUGGCUGCCAGUUCCAGCACUGGGGCCGGUUCAUCAGUCACCACUCCGCUGGGAGAUUUCGCGCCUACAAAGGGAUCUACUUGUGCGUGCAAAAAGCUCUCUUGUGAGCUUGGCGAAGUCAUCCUCCCAAGCAGCGCAACCUAUGUUGUCCAAGCUGCGGAAAACUAUUGGGAUGUACGCGCAGAUUUAUCUCCUGCGUGCAUUUUUCUACCUGCAUCCGCAGACGAAGUGUCCAAGGCCGUCUCGAUUUUUAAAUCUUGCAAUGCUCAAUUUGCAGUGCGAGGUGGAGGUCACAUGAAUUACCCAGGAUCGAACAAUAUCGAUGGCGGCGUUCUUUUGGCCUUGGAGAAAUUGAACAACGUUAUCGUCAAAAGGGAUACUAUCGAAGUAGGGCCUGGACUGAACUGGUAUGAUGUCUAUUCGGCUCUCGAGCCGUACGGUCGCGCCGCGAUUGGGGGUCGCUUGAAGACGAUCGGUGUUCCUGGACUUAGUCUCAUCGGCGGAUUCCACUAUUUCAACAACAAAUAUGGCUAUGCUAUGGACAACGUUGUGAGCUACGAUAUUGUGCUGGGCAAUGCAAGCCAAAUAACAGUCAACAAGUCAUCCCACCCCGAUCUAUUCUGGGCAUUGAAGGGCGGUGCCAACAACUAUGGCAUUGUCACAAAAUUUACGUUGCGAACGUUCGAUAUCCCCAAGGUCAGCACCACCAUUCAGGUUUACAAUGAGAGUGGGAUUCCAGAUUUCUUGACUGCGGUGUGUGAUAUGGCUAUGCUUGACGACAAGGAUCCCAUUGCUGCCGGCAUGGUUGCCACCGUGCAAUAUAAUGCUACAACAAAAGUGGCAUCCGCCUCACUUCUGGGUGUUCAGGAGGGUGUCAGCAGGCCCCCGUCUCAAUUUGCCAACUUCUCUGCAAUCCCUGCUACGACGAGGAUCAACAAUGUCACGACCAUGAAGCAAUGGGCGACUGAUCUUGAUUCUCCUAAGCAGAUGUUUAGGGUCAUGUUCUCCCACAAGACAAUGAAGCCAGAUGCAGAUGUUCUCCACUCUAUUUACAAAACUUGGAAAGACGCAGUUGAUCAGAUCGCCGACAUUGAGGGCCUCUAUCCGACAUUCGUGAUCAACAUUGCAUCUGCGAGUGCUGCCCGGGUUGCCCGGACCAAUGGAGUUGGAAAUGUCUGGGGACUUGAAGAAGAGUCUCAUAUCCUAUGGCAAUUUAGUACUGGCUGGGCGUUGGCUCAGGAUGACCUUCGUGUCGAGGCCUGGUCUCGUCAGCUUGCAGAGCAUCUCCAUGCUAUCAAUGUCAAGAAGGGAAUAGCCUCUGAGUUCGUCUACAUGGGCGACGCUGGAGAGUGGCAGGAUCCAUUCGCGGGAUUCCCGAAAGAAAAUGUUGCCCGCAUGAGAGAGAUCAGGUCUUCUUACGACCCUAAGGGCAUCUUCUCCAGGCUCAACUGGGGUGGCUUCAAACUUGGUAUUUAA